AGUAAUCGUCUUCCGUCAUAACACCUGUUGGUAGCUUGGUUACUGUUAUGAGAGUACCAUUACGUUUAUCACUGUGUCUUUCUUGUCUUAUCUGAUUACUUAUAUUCAAGAUAGGAUAUUGUGCAGUUAACUAUCAAAUGCGUAUAACCCCAGUUCAAGAAGCAUAGUUUGGUGCGGGUUCGGGUUCGGUUUCCUUACGGUUCUAGACAGAAAUCACUGUGCCUGAAGUCUGAACUGACGCUGAGUGUAUUUCCCAGUUCACAACAAGAACACAGCCAUCCUGGAAACGCUUUAGACGACCAUGGACCGACUAGAUCAAGAUGUGUUGAAGUUGAUAGUGGACGCACUGAACGAAACCAUACAGUGCCCUGUAUGCCUUGGCACUCUGCGGCCACCGUUAACGCAAUGCUCCAGUGGUCACGCACUGUGUCCUGACUGCAAGCCUCAAAUCAACAUAUGUCCUACCUGUCGCAAGGACUUCAUCGAGACGAAGCCCGUAGUCCUACAACAGUUGUUGGAUGCAUUACCGAGGAUGUGUCUGUUCCGAACCCUCGGGUGCCCAGAAGUCUUCAUACCCGGAGGCACCCACGAGACUCUCUGUAGCUAUCGAACUGUUGAUUGCAAACUGCUCGAUUGUGAGUGGUCUGGACAAGCCAAGAAAUUGGAAAGCCACCUCACUGUGGUUCAUAACGAUCGUACUGUUUUUUUAGAGGAUGAGACAGCAUCGGAGAUAGUCUGGAGAAACUUUAACAACACCGAGGAUUCUUUCAAGUACAUUCCAUUUGUUGCUUACGGUCAAGUGUUCUGGGAAUACAUUCACAUGAAUGUGGAAGUCCAAAAGCUGUGCAUUUCAUUUACUCGAGUUGGCAAUGGACACACUACAUUCAAGUACUUUGCCAUCAUAAGCUUCAAACACAAUAUUAUUGGAUACACUUACACUAUCAAAGUACCCAUUGAUAAUAACAAAUUCGUUGAUUUCUAUGAAGAGCACUGCAUGACGGUGCCAGGCGAUAUGCUUCCCAGAUUUGUAAACCAGGAGUCAUUACUGGUUUACAGUGUUCAGAUCAUUAGAGAAGAUGAUUAAAAUUAAAUGGUUUUUUUCAUUUUUAAAUAUUUAUGAAUACACUUAUUUCAGUUUUUAUUCUUCGAUAAUAUUAAGCUUCUCUUUUUAAACAGGGAGUUGUUACCUAGGGUCAAGUUCUGUGCUCAUAACUGUACAAAGCUAUUAAAUAUUGUAGAAACAAAUAAAAAAAUCCAUCUUAA